CAAAAUUUCGUUGUUUCAUUUUGUUAUUUCGAAUUAUCGAAUAAUCUUGUUUCCAUAGGAACAAUAAAAAAACAAAAUGUCUAAAAAUUCCAUAACUUUAGAUGUGGACCCUACCAUAAUGGAGAAUAAUAUGAGAAUUGUUAAGGAAAAUCAUGUUGAAGAGGAGUUCAGUAGACUUUUGGCUUCUGUAGAUACUGUCCCAGCGAAAAUCGUGAAGCCAAGGCCAGGAUUCUGUGUUAAAACUUUUACAAAGCCAGACAACAAAAAAGUGUUUGUGAACAUUUGUCUUACUGAAGCUAUUCCGUCUCCUCGAGAUAUUACAAAUGAUGAGCUAAUGCAAAUUCUCAGUUCUGAGGACCCUUCAUCUUAUAGGGUGCCCAUGAGCAUUGGUGAGGGGCGAACUGAGCCAGACAGAUCUGGUGCCCCAGCAACUGUGUAUGACGUUGCUAUAAACCCAGAAUUCUUUAAAAAGAUAGAGAAAGAUGAUUUAUUCCAGACAUUUUUCCUCACUGUUGUGUUUGAAGGUCUUCAAGAUAAGUAUCAGUUUGAAAUUGAGAUGCAGAAAUUCACUGUAUUAAAGAAUAGGAAAUCUAUAGGUACACUGCAGUCUCACAGAAUACAAGUAAGAGAUGUGAAGCAUUGUGAGGAGACAGUGAAGCCUCUCAUUGAGGAAAUUAGCGAGAAACCAAACCGUAAGGUGACCGAGAUUCCAGUAGUUAAGAAAGAAAUAGUUUACAGAGUAAGAAGAGAACCGCCAACUGGUCAGAUUGAGUACUUGCUAGCAGAGUUUAAGAUACCUUCAUCAGUGGAAUUGAAGGACUUGAAUCUAGAAGUGGGAGAAGAUCGGUUGGUUCUGGACUCCAAGGGAGUGUACGAUCAAGUGGACUUCUUCCUGCCUUGCAGUGUUGACCAUGAUAUCAUUGAUGCCACACUCAACAGGAAUAAUGAUAUGCUGUUUGUGAAGAUGCCGAUUAUCCAUUAAAAUAAAUAUCUGUGUCUUGAAAAAGGACUACAAGAAUGUUAUUAUUAUAAUUAUAAAUAUGAGAAAAUAUAUCAAUAAAAAUUCAUAAUUUCAAUAA